UAAUUGUUCCUCCGAACAAGCGCUUAGGACAACAUGCGCAGACAGAGAUCAGUGUAUAAAAGGCAGCGAAUAAAUGAGCACAAUGGAUAAUCACCGAAAGAGGAGCCUCACCUUCUUUACCAUUGGACUAAUAUUCAUGCUGAGCGGCAUUGAGUACGCCGUCAUCCUGCCGACGAUAUGGAGGUAUCUGCAGAUUCUGGAGGCUCCUCCUUACUUCCUGGGUCUGGGUCUGUCUGCCUUCAGCUUCAGCGGGCUGCUCACCGGUCCCGUGUUUGGGUUGUGGUCGGAUCGGAAAAAAAACACAAAAUCCAUCAUCCUUUUCUCCAAUCUUUUCGAGAUUGUCGGUAACUUCAUGUAUUUUGUUGGAUACUCAAAGUGGCUGUUAUUUUGCAGUCGGCUCGUAGCAGGUAUCGGUGCAGGAGCGGGCUCCUCCAUCUUCGGUUUCCUGACUCGGAGUACUCUGCCAGAGGAGCGCGCCGGGAUCUUUGCAGCUGUCAUGGCCUGUCGACAAGCCGGCCUCCUCGUCGGGCCGGCGUUCAACUUGUUCCUGCACCUGUGUGAUUUCAAACUGGGACCUUUCGUCGUGAACAAGUACACGUCUCCUGGGCUCUUUAUGUGCUUGCUGUGGGUGUUGCUCCAAUUCGUGGUGCUGACUAUGUACUGGGAGGUACCGGGCAUCAGCGCGGAGGUGAACGGCAUCAUGCUGGAGGUCAAGCAGGAGGAGGAGGAGCGGGUGCCGCUGAUGGGGUCGGAUGAGGAGCCGGUCCACACCUACCGGGCCGUCAACUCCAGCCAACUGGAGACGUCCAGCUCGUCGGAGGAGCAGCCCGGCCUCGGGCCCAACCCCUUCAAGAACUUCAGCGCCAGCAGAGAGUUCCUGAGAGAGGAGGUGGUUGUUGUCCUCACGGCCCAGUUCAUCACCCUCUUCAAUCAGACGGCGCUGGAGACGAUGGUGACGCCUCUGACGCAGCGCUACUUCAGCUUCGGGGAGCUGGGCAACAGCCUGAUGUACAGCCUGUGCGGGGUGGAGGUCAUCAUGGGCUUCUUCUUCGUGCGCUGGCUGAGCCGGAGGGUGGCGGACCGCGUGGUGCUGGCCGUGGGCCUGCUCAUCUGCUGCGUCGCCUGCAUCUGGUGCCUGAUCUUCCUCUGCGACCCCCGAGGUGGUUAUGGAUGGGAGCUGUCGGCUUUCAUCAUAGGCGUGUUCCUGCAGCUGCUGGGGCUUCCCUUCGUGGCCGUGUCUCAGGUCUCUCUCUUCUCCAAAGUCACCGCAGAGAAAACACAAGGGUUCAGCCAAGGUGUGAGACGCUCCGUCGGAGGCCUGGCCACCAUCCUGGGUCCCUUGUGGGCCGGAGGCCUGACCAAUAACCUGUACCUGAUACUGGGCAUGAUGCUGGGUCUCCUCCUGAUGAUCACGGUGAUGACGGCGCUGUCCUACGAGCGGCUGGUGGAUCCCAGGGCAGCGCAGAGCGGCCGGAGCGGCCGGGGCACCGGGGGCACCCUGGGCACCCACAGCUCCGACGGCGGAGGGUAGAGCUGCAGAGCUGCAGGCGGACCGAGCAGCCCCCUCCCCCCCAGAGAGAACCGGCCCACAUCCACAUCCACGGCAGAGAAACCCAUCUGAGAGUGUAAUAAACACGGCUAAAACGGCAUGUGUUCUGGAGCUUUGUGGUCCUUCUGUUAUCAGUUUGUGUUGGAAAGCCUGCCGCAGAUUAAUAUUAUAUGAGUCUAUUAAUUACAUUUCACACGAGGGGGCACCAUUGUGCUCGGGUCGGCCGUUCAGGCGCGUAAUUGAAGAUGAAAGGCAUUAUUUUUAAACCCAACUAUUUAUAUUCCCAGGUGUUUCAUGAAAAAAGAAGAAGAAAGCUGAUUUGUUUGUGUGACCCAUGUGCAAGAAUUUUGUUAUUUUGUCUUUCUUCUAAUGAUAAUAUUAAUAAAACAGAAAAAGCUCCACCUGAGUGUGAAACAGUUUGACACAAUGAGUGCAGAUGUGGAGCCGUCGUCAUCUCAGCAUCUCCACGUUCAGCUGGCUGACACAAGAAAAGGG